AUUAUUUUAUUUUUAUUUUUAUUUUGCAAGGAUCCCAAGAGCUAAGGUGGCUGCAGAGGGGAGAGCGGCUCGAGCCAAGUGGGGGAGGGUGGAGGAAACCCGGGAGAAGGCUUUCUCCAGCCCCCAAAGUUUUGAUGAUGACCAUGACUACGAUGGCUGACGGCUUGGAAGGCCAGGACUCGUCCAAAUCCGCCUUCAUGGAGUUCGGGCAACAACAGCAGCAGCAACAGCAGCAGCAGCAGCAGCAGCAGCAGCAGCAGCAACAGCAGCCGCCGCCGCCGCCGCCGCCGCCGCCGCCGCCGCCGCAGCCGCACUCGCAGCAGAGCUCCCCGGCCAUGGCAGGCGCGCACUACCCUCUGCACUGCCUGCACUCGGCGGCGGCGGCGGCGGCGGCGGCCGGCUCGCACCACCACCACCACCAGCACCACCACCACGGCUCGCCCUACGCAUCGGGCGGCGGCAACUCCUACAACCACCGCUCGCUCGCCGCCUACCCCUACAUGAGCCACUCGCAGCACAGCCCUUACCUCCAGUCCUACCACAACAGCAGCGCGGCCGCCCAGACGCGAGGGGACGACACAGAUCAACAAAAAACCACAGUGAUUGAAAACGGGGAAAUCAGGUUCAAUGGAAAAGGGAAAAAGAUUCGAAAACCUCGGACCAUUUAUUCCAGCCUGCAGCUCCAGGCUUUAAACCAUCGCUUUCAGCAGACUCAGUACCUGGCCCUUCCCGAGAGAGCUGAACUGGCAGCUUCCUUAGGACUGACACAAACACAGGUGAAGAUAUGGUUUCAGAACAAACGCUCUAAGUUUAAGAAACUGCUGAAGCAGGGCAGUAACCCGCAUGAGAGCGACCCUCUCCCGGGCUCAGCGGCCCUGUCGCCGCGCUCGCCGGCGCUGCCUCCGGUGUGGGACGUUUCCGCCUCGGCCAAGGGCGUCAGUAUGCCCCCCAACAGCUACAUGCCCGGCUAUUCGCAUUGGUACUCCUCUCCACACCAGGACACGAUGCAGAGACCACAGAUGAUGUGAGUUAUCCGAGGGAAAUCGAUACCCUAGGGAAACGUCUGAACAAGGCAAGGAGGAUCCGGGACCUGCUUGCAUCUGCCAAACCGAGCCAAGGAGCAGGCUUGGGAGGACUCUUAUGUGUGGCCAGACCGUCUGGGUGCUUGCUCCCUCUCUCUCUCCUCUCCCUUCCCCUCAGCCUCUCUCUCUCUCUCUCUCUCUCUCUCUCUCUCUUCCUUUUUUUGCCUCCCUCCUUCCUUCCCACCUUUUUUUUUUCAUUUCCUUUCUUCAUCUGCCUUUUCCCUUGAGCAGCCUCAGUAAUUGAUUUUGCAUCUUAGAGAGAGAGAAGGAGAGAUAGAGGUACAGAGAGGAUGGGGGGACUGGUUUCCGUGCCAGCACUCCUGAAACCUCUCACUGUAAGGAUAUUCUCCCAUACCCCUUGGGAUCCAGGCGCUGAGCCUCUUUUUCUCUUUGGGAGUAUCCAUCAAAAGGACUUUUUUUAACAGACAUUUUCCCCCACCAGAAGAAUCUGCGCAAACAUGGCAGCGUUUUUACUUGUUUAAUGAGCUUAAGACAUUACAUGAUGAAAGAGAAGCAUUUCGGACUCCUGCAUUUUUAUUUACAAUCCCAGACUGACGAAAGAAAGAAAGAACGAAAGAAAGAAAAAAAGAGAGAAAGAAAAAAGAAAGAGGGAGGGAGGAAGGAAGGAAGGAAAGAAAAAAGAAAACCUCACAUAACAGCCCUACUCUAAGGAAAAAUCAGCUGUAAGAUUAGAACGUUGCCACAGAGGGAACGCUGCAUGUUUUAUCAAAAUGCAAUGAGCAAGAAUGAUGAUUUAAACAAAACAAAACAAAACCACUUUUCCCCCACCCCUACCCCCAAACCCUGAACUGGAAUCAGGAAAGACAGAGGAAACAACCAAAAUCACCAUUCUAUUGCUUUGACAUUUUUACUAGGUGAAUUGGUGGCAUUCACUAAGCUAAUAGGGACAUUUAUAUCAAGAAACAUUUCUGUAUAUAUUGUUGAAUUUUAG